CGAGCCACGGGCUUGCCCCUAACAAACAUGGCGGGUGCGGCCUCGAUGAGGGCAGACUGAUUUAACACCCCAGCCCGGCGGCCAGCAGCGAAGCCAGUGGUGGUAGCGACGCGGCUCCGAGCAUGGAGGGCGGCAGCGGCGGCGGCGAUAGCAGCAGCCCCGGCGGGAGUGGCGGGGCGCAGCAGAGGGAGCUGGAGCGCAUGGCCGAGGUCCUGGUCACCGGGGAGCAGCUGCGGCUCAGGUUGCAUGAGGAAAAGGUUAUUAAAGAUAGACGGCAUCAUCUUAAAACCUACCCAAACUGUUUCGUCGCAAAAGAACUGAUUGACUGGCUGAUUGAGCACAAAGAGGCUUCUGACCGAGAGACAGCAAUUAAACUCAUGCAGAAAUUAGCAGACCGGGGCAUCAUUCAUCAUGUGUGUGAUGAGCACAAGGAAUUCAAGGAUGUCAAACUCUUCUACCGCUUCAGAAAGGAUGACGGCACCUUCCCAUUGGACAACGAAGUGAAGGCCUUCAUGAGAGGACAGAGGCUAUAUGAGAAGCUGAUGAGCCCUGAAAACACACUCCUGCAGCCCCGGGAAGAGGAGGGGGUCAAGUAUGAGCGCACCUUCAUGGCAUCUGAAUUCCUGGAUUGGCUGGUUCAGGAAGGCGAGGCCACCACAAGGAAAGAGGCAGAGCAACUAUGCCACCGGCUUAUGGAGUAUGGCAUCAUACAGCAUGUGUCCAACAAGCACCCAUUUGUGGACAGCAAUCUUCUCUACCAGUUCAGAAUGAACUUCCGGCGGAGGCGAAGACUCAUGGAGCUGCUCAAUGAAAAAUCCUCUUCCCAGGAAACUCACGACAGUCCCUUCUGCCUGAGGAAGCAGAGCCACGACAACCGGAAAUCUACCAGUUUCAUGUCAGUCAGCCCCAGCAAGGAGAUCAAGAUCGUGUCUGCCGUGAGGAGGAGCAGCAUGAGCAGCUGUGGCAGCAGUGGCUACUUCAGCAGCAGCCCCACCCUCAGCAGCAGCCCCCCUGUGCUCUGCAACCCCAAGUCUGUAUUGAAGAGGCCCGUCACUUCUGAGGAACUCCUGACUCCCGGAGCACCGUAUGCCAGGAAGACAUUCACAAUUGUUGGUGAUGCUGUUGGCUGGGGCUUUGUGGUGCGAGGAAGCAAGCCAUGCCACAUCCAGGCCGUGGACCCCAGUGGCCCUGCGGCCGCGGCAGGAAUGAAGGUACCUCCAAGACAGCGGAGUCUGAAUACCUCUCACUUUAUUUCAUUGUUGGUGCCACCUGUCUGUCAGUUUGUCGUCUCUGUCAAUGGGCUCAACGUGCUGCAUGUGGACUACCGGACUGUGAGCAAUCUGAUUCUAACUGGCCCACGGACCAUUGUCAUGGAAGUCAUGGAGGAGUUAGAGUGCUGAGCGGGUGGACUUCCUGGCUCUUCGAGUGGCUGUGGAUGAGCAAAGCCAAAACAACACAAUGCAAUGCAGUGACAAGACUUCCAUGCACAUGGAUGGCUCUGGACAUAACAAACCUUUUCUUCAUACAGACACAUCUUGAUUUGAGUUUCAUACACUGUUUUGAAUGUGGAAGAACCGGGUAAUACAUCUUAAAAACAGCAACUUAUGUCAGUGUAGAAAAUAUCUGGGACAGAAUUUUCUUAAAUCGGUAGAAUUGCUUUACUUGAUUUCUGUUUGUAGUUCUCAUCCACUGUUUCUUAUUUUGAUUUGCAGAAAGUUGUUGAAAUGUUUCUCUAAAAUCUUGCUAAAAUCUCCUUCGGAGGAAUCACUAGAGGAGUUUUUAUAGGCUUUAAACUGUGUUCUCACCAAAAUGAACAUGGAACUGUUUAAUAGAGAAUCUAGAGUUCACUGAGCUCCAAAUUAAAGCAACAGUCAAAGGAAUAGUAUCUGUUAAUUAGCAUUUUGAAGGAGGAUCUAAAGCUUUCAAGAGCUUACAGCCAUCAAAAAAAUGGCUUUUUUUUUUCCCCCUGAAUUCCUACCUUUAGUGUCAACUUUAACUCAACAUACAGCAUUAGUUAAAAAGCAAAACCUCUGUGAUGAUGUGGGUGCGUAGAUAGGGAGAUACUACUUGUUUGCUCCAUUUUCUCUGUCUGAGCCAAAAUCAUUUGUUCUAUCAGCUAUAACAGCUCUCUGGAAUUAAUGCUGAAUGUAUUGAAUGUCAAAACAGAGACGUUUGUAUAUACACAUAUACUUUAGAAUCCAGCCUCUGACAAGAUUUCACUUUGAGGGUGUCCCUUUUUUAAGUGAAGUGUUCUAGAACUUGGCCCAUAUGUGACAAAACUUGAAACUAAAUUGCCUUACUGGCCUGAAUCUUUACUAGCUUUCUAGUAUAACGUAUUCUAAGGACAUGACAUGCUACUUAUUUGGCGGGAAUAGUUUUUCACCAAAAGCAAGUCUCGUGUUGUAACUUUUCAGCUUGCUUGUAUAUAUGCAUGUUUCUUUUCUUUUGGUGUAGAAAAGAACACAUUUGGGGCUCGGUGUAUAGAGGAAAUUCCUCAACAUGCCAAAUUAAGGAGCCAGGGAAUGCUGACUUCUCCCUCAUUUCAUAUAAUGCGUUCUGAAUUGAUGAGGUUACUUUCUUAUUCUGUAUUAACAAAAUAAAAUAUGAAUGAUGUACCUCAGCCAUUAUUUUGUGAUAGGGUAUCAUAAUGUAUUGGUACUGAUAGAAUUGACAUACCACCUUAAAGAUGCUACAUGUAUAUAUUUCUGGCAGUCCAACUUUUCUGAUCUGUAGUUUUAAAGAAUAGGAUGUCAAAGUAAGAUAGAAUGGCUAACAUUAAAGCUGCCCAUCUACAUUUGGGAACUAUUGUCAUCUCCAUGCAUAAGCUCCUAUGUGUGUUUCUACUGUAUGCCAAUCUCUGUGCUACCGGUCUUAACAAAUACGAUCUCUUUUCAUCCUCAUCACAACCCUGCCAGAUAGAUAUUAAUCAUCCUUACUUGUGGUUGUGGAAACUAAGUAUGAGCAAGUUUAAAAAUGGCCCCCAAGUUCAUCCAGCUGCAAAGAUGGCUAAGUGAUAGUAGCCUGGAUUCAAACACAGGUUUAUUUAACAUGAAAGCACACGUUCCCACCCCUAGCCUUCCUCCCUGUGGGAACCUUCUGUUGAAGGCUUACUCUGUACCAUGUGCAGUGCUAAAAUUAUACAUUGCUAAUUUUUACUGACCUGUGAGGUCAAUAUAAUUAUCCCCAUUUUACAACUGAGGAAACUGACUCAUAAAGAGGUUCAUCUUAUGUCCAAGGCCACACCACUAGUAAGUAGGAGGCCUUACCAUUUGGCUUUAAAAAUUUUUAUGGCAUCAUUAAAAGAUGAGUCUUAAAUACUUUCUGUCCCGAGGUAUUCAUUAAUUGACAGAAGAAGGACCGCCUUUUGGGAACUGGCAUCUCUUUCUUGCCUGCUACUUAUACACGUCCUAAUGUCCCUCGUGUUGGCCCUGGCAUAGUAUCACUUCCCUUUGGCCAAUCUAAGCACCAGAGAGGCAAGUGCCUGGCUUUAUUUACUCCACAUCUGUGAAAUUUAUUUGAUUUGGACUGUCAUUGAUGUAUUUGGCCGUAUGAAUACCAAUGUGAAGGAAGGAACAAAGGAAAGGAAAGAGUGAGGAAGGGAGAGAGGGGAGGAGGGAGGAAAGAAGGAAGGAAGGAAGGAAAGAAGGAAGGAAGGAACGAACGAAUGAACGAAGGAAGGAAGGAAGGAAGGAAGGAAGGAAGGAAGGAAGCCCAGUCCUGACACAGAGUAGCGUGUCCGUUGCUAUCCAUGUUAUCCAACAAAUCACCCCCAAACAUGCCUUAUAGCACUAUUUAUUUGCUCAUGAUCUAUGGGUUAGCAUUUUGGGUAGAGUUCUGCUGGCAUGGCUCAGCCACUGCUCCAUGUGGUACCAGUUGGAUUUACACAAACAUUUGUAUUCAAUGAAGAGUUGAUGCAAGGGCUGACUGAUCAUGAAAAACUUCAUGCAUAUGCCUCGCAGUUGGCUGGGGUGCCUCAGUUCUGCUUCGUGUGUCCUUUUCCCACAUGAGAUCGAAGCAGGUGAGAAUGGAAACUGCCUGGCCUUUAGUGGACUUGACUGGAAGUCACAACAGCAUAGCAUUGGUUGUUCACAAAGGUAGCCCAGAAUCAAGAGGUAGGGAAAUAGCCUCUACCUUUUGAUGGGAGGCAUUGCAAAGAAUUGGUGGCCAUUUUUUCUCCACCAAGAGUAGGUACUUAUUAUUUUUUGACUAAAGGACCAAUAAGUUGCCUAGUUGUUGAGAGACUUUAGCUAUCCAGAUGCAACUUACUGACUAACCACUGGGUAGAAGUAUAAGAUUAAGUUGUAAAUAAAGUCCAGUGCCAAAUGAAAACUUCAAAGUUAGAAAAUGCUGAAAUGAUAGUGCUACAUGGAGCCAUGGAAAGCACAGUUUCCUGUCCCAUUGAUGAGGAAAUAGGUGUGGAAUCAUCAGGUGGGCAUGUCCAUAAUCACGAGGCUUGUUGGGUACAGAUCCUGGGUCAAAUACUGGUCUCCUGCCCUCUCCCUCCCCCCAAUCCUUUGUCCUUUCUAUUCUAGUGUUCUGCCAUGUAGGCUUUUAGCUUUGAGUACUUAUAAAAUACAAAUGGUGCCAUUUACCUGUGAAGGUGAAGGGUCUAUAUUUUAAUUGACUCAUGUUGUUAAAUCAUAUGAUUAAAAAAAUAAGUAUUUUGUGUGGUCUGUUGACAGUAGGACUGCUUUAACAUUUAGAAACUCCAUCCUUAAAUGUAACACCAAGAAUUAGUCUCAAAUAACAGUGAUCAGUAUUCCUAAGAAAUUUUAUUUUAGCGUGUGUGUGUGUGUGUGUGUGUGUGUGUGUGUGUGUAGCAGUGUAUUGCAAAAAUGGCCUUCUUCGAUCCCAGAGAAAACACACUUUUGAUAUAUUUGUUAAUUAUGUUGUAGAGAGGAAAAUGUGGUUGCCUUUUGGAUUGAUUCUGUUUGAUGUUUUAUUUUUAACCUCUGUUAAAUAAUUAUAUAAAUUGAUUAGGGGACUAGUUGAGAAAUGAUGGGUAACAUGAAGAUAUCCAUGUCUGAGUAGAAUAGAUGUGAUCAACUUCACACCAUCUUAAAGGAGAAUGUGUUGGAGUAGUAGCAAUGAAUAAUUUAAAAAUCAGUGCUUUCAGUUCAAAGUGAAAUCCCACAUUUUCAGAUACUCAUUCCUUUCAAAUAUGCUCUGAAAAUAAUCUACUUUCAAGACCUAUUUCAAACAGAUGAUGUUAACUUUCUCUCCUGUUGAAUAUUAAUCCCAUUUCAUUUUGUUUAUAAAUGAUCAGAAUAACUCUUUUCAGUUUUGCUGAUCGGUUAGUCUAUUGAUAUCAUUGACCAUGGUUUUACUCACUUAAGGAAGAAUUUACAGAAUAACAUGUUUUUCCUCAGUUCAGUAUUAACAGGACAAAUCUGCAGUGUACCAAAAUGAAGAUAAUCAUGAUAUUGUCAAAUGCAUUAAUAUAUGUAUUUAAUAUAUAUGUUUAUUUUUAAAUUAGACUGAAAUUUAUGUUCUCCCUUAAGUAAAAAUUAUAGUAUAACACUUAAAAUUAUAAGGUAAAAAUAAAUAGUAUAGCAUGAAAUAAAUGUUAAUUUUUAAAAACAGUGACUUUAGGAUUUUACUUUUCCUGUCUUUUAGAACAUAUUAGCUAUUGUUUUUUUCUAAGAAAGGGUUGCAUUAUAAAACUAACACACUACUAACCUAUCAGGAAAGAACACAUGGAACUCAUCUCCAGUUCUCUAAUGUAGCCAAAAGUGCCGUUCAUAAAACUACUUAAUGAUGGAUAUUUUCUGAAGCUAUUUUGCUUGAGGGGGGAAAAAAGUGUAUUAAAAGCUUUUUCUGUACUGUAUGAGUUGAAAUCAUUUUGUCCCUACACAUACUAGUAUUGAUGAAUGUUGUGAAAUAUUCUAAAAGGGGAAUGCUAUAUGGAUUUUUGGUACUCUGAGAGAAUGUCAGUAUUUUUACUUUCAAUGAAUUAGAAAAUCAGUCACAUACUUCAUUGUGGGGUGAGUGUUUUCUUGUGACAUAACCCUGGGUCCAGCUUACCUUAUAAGAAUCACAUUUGGGUCUACUUCCUAUAAUUCUCUGCACAGAGGGAGGAAUAUGAAAUAAUGGUGUUGAAGCAGGUGGUUUAAUGUGAGACACAGAACACGGACAACUUACAUUUAACUGUAUUCUCCUUUCCAAUCUUUUCCCACUGUCCCUUACUCAAGGUAGCCAUAGUGGUGAAUGUUGAGUUUGUUAGUCUCUUCUUUUUGUUCUUAAUACUUUAGGGUUUUUUAAAAUAAACAUUCUUAAAAUUUAGAGCAUUAAUUUUUAUAUAAUAUCCUGGGACUUGCUUGUUUUAAUUCAGAAUUAUAUUACUAAGAUCCUUCUAGGUUUUUGUGUAUUGUUGUUGUAAUUAAUUCAUUUUUCAAGGCUUCAAAAAUUUAUAGAACACACAAUAUAUAUCUUUUUUCCCCCUUGUAAUUGGACAUUUGAGUUAUUCCCAUUGUUGUUGACAUAAAUGGGAAUACUAUGGACAAUCUUGCACCCACUCCUGGGAACAAGUGGAGGAAUUUCUCAUAGGAAUCCACUUAGGGGAGAAACUGCUGAGUUAUGGGAAAUGUGAAUGCUAACUUUACAAGGUCACAAUGGACUCGUUUCCAAAGUGGUUGAACCUACUCUCAUCCAAAAUAUAAAAGUGACAUACGUUGAUCAGUAUCUUUUCCAACACAUUCUGAGAUGUUUGAAUUUUUAUCAAAUAAAUGCCUAUUUGGUCAA